GGCGGCGGAGCGAUGCCGGGGGGCCCGGCGCGGCGGGGCGCACCCGCGGGGCCAUGAGGGCGGGCUCCGGCCAUGGCCCAUGGCAGCGCCGCGGUCAUGCUGAAGUGCGUGGUGGUGGGGGACGGCGCCGUGGGCAAGACGUGCCUGCUGAUGAGCUACGCCAACGACGCCUUCCCCGAGGAGUACGUGCCCACCGUCUUCGACCACUACGCAGUCAGCGUCACCGUGGAGGGCAAGCAGUACCUGCUGGGGCUCUACGACACCGCCGGGCAGGAAGACUAUGAUCGUCUGAGACCUUUAUCUUAUCCUAUGACCGAUGUCUUCCUUAUCUGCUUCUCAGUGGUAAACCCUGCUUCAUUUCAAAACGUGAAGGAAGAAUGGGUACCGGAGUUGAAGGAAUAUGCACCUAAUGUUCCUUUUUUACUAGUAGGAACACAGAUUGAUCUUCGUGAUGACCCCAAAACUCUGGCAAGAUUGAAUGAUAUGAAAGAGAAGCCUUUAUCUGUGGAACAAGGACAGAAAUUAGCAAAAGAGGAGCCUACUGCUAUGUGGAGUGUUCAGCUUUAACACAGAAAGGACUGAAGACUGUUUUUGAUGAAGCUAUUAUAGCCAUUCUAACUCCAAAGAAACACACGGUGAAGAAGAGAAUAGGUUCGAGAUGCAUAAACUGCUGUUUGAUCACGUGAGAUACAUUUGACAAUGGCCAGGCUUACUGUGAAAUUCUACUGAAUUUAAGUACAAUGCGUUAAGUACACAGCAAACUUGUUUGAAAGCUAAAAUAAUGAUUCUGCCUUCUACAACCAGUGAAAUCCAGAGGAAUACAAUCAAAAUCAAUGAACUUUGUAAUAGGAAGCCACCACAUCUGUUACAAAUAUUUUAUUCAGACUGGAAGGUACAAUCUCUCAGGGUUACAUAGUCUAGAGGAAGCAAAAAGCUGCACCAUGUUGAAACAGCAUCUGUAUGAUGCUAUUGAGUGGAGGUGCUUGGCCUGUAAUACUCUAAAUGAAUUUGGAUAGUCGUCUGUUUUGACUACACAUAUACAGAUAUAUCUAGAGGGGAAAAAAAAAAACAAAAAAAACAACAACAAAAAAGAAACUUUUGCACAGUCUGUAUGGAA